AUGGGGAUCUAUUAUAGUUUAAUAUCAAAUUUUUCAUCCCCAACGGAACCAACAGCUCCGAAUGUUCGAAUGAAUUCCAAACUGAGAAAACGACGCCGUCGACGACACAAACGACAUCAUCUACUAAAUCAAUUUUUUCUCGGUUCGAAACAGUUUUUAGUUAAUACCCAACCAAACACAUGUCUUUUCCAUGAGUAUUACCAUUUAAAUACAAGAAAAGAGUCCAUCAAUCCGAUACAGUUACACAUUUCAUUUCCGGACAAUCAUGAAUCGACAGUGAUACGUCCCGUGCAGUGUACAGUAGCCAUACGAAGAGAUUCAUUGAAAUUAGUUCAUUGUCAGGACGAUUUCUACACUAUUGAUUUCAUCUUCGAUGCAGACCGACCGGUUCAAAUCUACAUCUAUCUCAUGGCACACGAAGUUUCUACGAGUAAUAAUGGAUCAUUGUCAUAUGUAUGUUGUAAUCAACUAACAGAUUCCGAUACAGUGAAGCGAGCUUACGUAUUUAAUCGACCUGCUGGCCAUGGUCAACUAUUUUCAUUGAUAUCCGACGAUAUUCGUUUUCCUCUGUCGUUACUAAAUGAUGAUCAUCAUAGUUGCACAGUGAAGACUCGCGUCUACCCAAUUGUCAUCGUUUGCCGAGAAUUAACUUCCGAAAUAACGAAAACGAUUCCGGAGCAAAUUGCAUCAUUUCCAACAUUCAAUCAGUAUCAUAUUGUUUUGGCGACUAUCCGGUCACUUCGAUGCAAUGAUACAAAGUUGCCGAUAACUCCUGAUCGCGUGUCCAUCCUUUUGCUCAGUCAGAAACAUGUAUACAAUGGAAUUGUGUUUAAACUAUUUGAAUUAUAUGGUAUCGAGAACUCGCCAUCGAAAUUCAAUUCCAACGAUCACCGUACACGGAAAAAGCAUUCUCUUGUUCAAAUUGUCCCAUCGAUACCAACAAGCGAAAGCGAACCAUUUUUGAAACAUUCAAAUGAGAUAAAUAUCGUGAGAAAAUCAUCGUCCGAGUUGGAUUUAGCAUUGAACCCGGCGAGUGAAAGUACGUGUGUGAUUUGUUUAACUGAUAAUCGUAAUGUUCUUCUACUCCCGUGUCGACACUUCUGUUUAUGCGGUUCGUGUGCUGAAAAUCUGAAAUUUCAAUCAGCAAACUGCCCCAUAUGUCGCAUCCCAUUCCGCGCUCUCUUACAAAUCGAUACAUUGUACUCUCGGCGACAUCGCUUGCCAGAUAACUGUCUCCAAACUCGUGAAGAUGAAGGCGACGACGACGACGACGAUGAUGAAUUAAUGUUUGAAAAUAUUUCACUUAUUGAUGCAUUGAAUCUUUCAACAACGAAAUCAACUCAUCGAAAUCAACAGAAUAUUACAACUAAUGAUAUCAAGUAUUUCUGUAAUGAACAUUCAGUUUAG